UUCUACACUAUAUCUGUCAUAAGUAGUUAUUUCAACGCACAGACAUAUUUCAUAAACAGUUAGACAAUUAAUAAUGUCGUAUUUACAGUUUUUGUCGAGUGGACUGUUGCUUUUUUCAUUUUAUGUGUUGAGUAGUGUGUUUGGUUGCUCUCCGUCCCUCGAGCAUCCACAAGUUAAAUUUUGUCACAGUUAUUUUGUGAUACAUGGGACGGUGAAAAGUGUCACCAAGAUAAAUGGACCACCUGGAGAUCUUAAUGAUAACUUCGCUGUGUAUAAAUAUAGUAUACAUGUCAUCAAGAAAUUGAAGGGACCUGCCCAGAUCAAGGAAGGCAAAGAGAUUAUAGUUGAAACAUCGGGGAAUGGUGGCCUCUGUUUCAUUAGCCUGACAAUUGGAGAAGAAUAUGUCUUAUCAGGAUUUAAAACUGACACCGAUGGAUUACGAAGCCUUUCUUCAAAUAUUGUCUAUAAUGUCAAAGACCUUGCGACAAUGCCGUUGGUUCGGGACUACUUGUUAGGGACUGGAAUGAACACAUAUAAACGAAACUGUGAUCGUAAAUGCACGGAUUUCAGCAUACAAUCUACUUACUGCAAGAUUCCAGAUUCGACUUUUCAUUGCUACUCAAACAAUGCAAUCUGUAGAGAGAGAUAUGGUAAAUGCAAGUGGUUCAAUGCAGACAGUUGUAAACUUAGUGGCCCAGCAAUUCCUUAACUAUAAUUGAUAACAUUUAGCAUAUGAGUAAAAACAAAGACGUAGCUAGCAAAUCAGUUGAUUGUUUUUGUAAACAAUUACUGGUGUAGUCAAUAAAACAUAGUUUUACUUCA